AUGGUGAACUCAACGCAACUCAUCACCGAGGAGGUGUUGGGUCAUCCUCUGCGCUUGGCGCUUUUCAAACGCUCGGGCCCGGCGCUGGGCAGAGCUAUCGACGAGCUCAGAGAAGAUCUCUACAACCUGGGCAGUGUGACCCAGAUGCUGCAAGCCGAUCGCGCGGCGGUUGCCGUGGACAUCGGAGCUUCGGUCGGCGUCGUGUCGGUGCUUCUUUGCAAGCUCUGGGAGGGAGCUCGGGUCGUGGCGGUGGAACCGGCGCCGCCCAACUUCAGAUACCUGCUCUGGAACCUCAAGCUCAAUGGCGUGACGGACUGCGUUUGGCCUUUAAACGUGGCUGUCGGGGGCCAACCUCUGGCCACAACGACGAUUCUUUACUCGCCUACGUAUCCGACAUGGGCACAGCGAUGUCAAGAAGAGGCUUCCGAGUGUGCCAGCAGCGAUGGGUCCUGGCGUGGUGGGUUCGCUGACUUUCAAUUACGCUCCGAUGUGGAGACAGUCACAUUGGCCGAAGUCAUGGCUUUGUUCGGCCUCACUACCAUCGACUUUCUGAAGGUGGAUUGCGAAGGAUGCGAGUGGGACGUUUUCGCACCGCGCAUCUGGGAGCGAGUUCGGCGGCGCAUUCGGCACGUUGCCACCGAACUCCACCUCUGGGCCCUUCCAGACAAAGCCGCUGAAGGGCUCGAGAGCGACGUCAGAGCGCUGGGGGCCCGAUUCCAGUGCGUUUCAUUCAGUUGCCGCGUGCUUUUUCCUGAGGAUUUAGGGUUUAGGGGCUGA